AUGUCUGGGACCAGUUUACCGUCAAGAGAUGAGGCAAAGAAAUGGAUUGUGGGUGGCAACUUUCGUGAGGAUCCCGAAAAGCUGAAGUCGCACGUCUCCGAUGGAGGGCAAGGACUAGGAGAUCCCGAAGAAGUCGACUUUGAUUUCCCACCGACGGCCUUGGAGCCCAGGCACAUCGACGAGACGGGUGAAGACUUCCUGGUUUUGGAUUUCCUGGACGGCGAUGUAGAGAAUCCAUUCAAUUGGAGCCCGACCAGGAAAAGGUGCAUCUCGACGCUCCUCUGCCUCAUGACACUCUUUGUCGGUCUUGCUACUACCGCCUAUAGUUCCGGAAUCGCGUCCAUGACCCGAGAUCUGGGCGUGUCCUCAGAGCUUGGCCAGCUGGGACUCUUCACUUUCAACUUCGUGUGUGCCCUUGCCCCUUUAUUCCUCGCACCCUUCUGCGAACUUGUUGGUAGGAGAGUGGUUUAUGUUGGUGCUUAUGUUCUAUUCGCUGUUAUGUUCGUGGGACUGGCACUUGGGAAGAAUAUAGCCACGAUCCUGGUCUGUCGGGCGCUCUUGGGCUUGUUUGGCAGUGUUGGGACAAUUUUGGUGGGAGGCACAUUCAGCGAUAUGUAUGCUCCUGAUGAUCGGGCGGUGCCUAUGGCGAGCUUCUCCUAUGUGGCUAUCCUGGGAACAGUCGCGGCCCCUAUAUAUGCAGGCUUCAUUGACGAAACCAUUGGAUGGAGGUGGAUUGAAGGGAUCCAGGGUUUGGCAAACAUACCCUUGAUUAUACUGGUCGCAAUCUUCCUGCAAGAAACCCGUGGCGGUGCUAUCAUAACAAAGCGGGCAGGCAUACUCCGCGAUAAAACAGGCGACCAGCGAUACAAAGCCAAGGAAGAGCUCGAAGCUCCAAAUUUAAAGCACAUGCUUCACAAUUCCUCUGUAAAAGCCGUUAAAAUGCUUCUUACAGAGCCAGCCGUGUUUGUCUUCGGACUCUGGAUCGGGUUUGCCUGGUUUGUAACCUUUCUUUUCCUAUCAGUGAUACCCAUAACCUUUCAAGAAAAACGUGGUUGGGGCGAAGGAGUUGGCGGUCUCCCUUACAUCUCUCUUUGCAUUGGUACCACCCUCGGCUUUGCAACCAACUUUUUCCAAAUCCGCAAGUAUAAAGCCAUUUCGGAGUCUCAAGACCGGAGGAUUGUUCCCGAAUCGCGCCUGUACGGAGCAAUGUUCGGCGCCAUCUGGCUCCCCAUCGGGCUCUUCAUCUACAGCUUCACGCAGUACGGGUAUUUAUCCUGGGUCGGACCGGCUGUAGCGCUCGCUCCGAUCGCAGUGGGGAUUUUCUUCAUCUUUGAGUCAACGUACAGCUUUACGUCGGACUGUUACGGAGAGAACUCAUCGUCAGCUAUCGCGGGCCAAGGCCUGUUGCGCAAUACCCUCGGAGGAGUGGCACCGCUGUUUGCAACGCAGUUCUUCCAAAAUGUCGGGAAUCAGUUCGCAGGCCUCAUUCUAGCUUUAGCUGGCUCGCUGCUGGCGUUGAUUCCAUUCUUGUUUUUCAAGAAGGGAAAGCAGAUCCGAGCGCGGUCGAAGUUGGCAGAGUCGCAGCACGGGGACGAAGAGCAAAAGCGGAAGACGAAGUUAUAUUUGUACAGAUAA